ACUCCGUCACUUCCUGUGUUGAAUUGUUUGCCGUGCGCCGGUCGCAUUUGUUUGCUUCAUUUUUAAUUCAUUUUUGAGUUAUCCUGAGUUUAUACUUUAACUUCUUACUUUUUACAAAAGGGCAAACACACCGGCAAUAGCAUCUUAAGAGUAGAAUAAUGGCUCAGAAUACUUUUUGAUAUCACUAACAUUUUAUUUGUUUUCCUGAAAACGUUUGCUUCUAGCUAGUUGCAUAUCUAGCCUGUUAGCCCAGUUACCGCAAGUACAACUUCUUCACACCAAUUAUCUCUGUUGUACUUGCCCGAUAACACCAUGUAGCUUGUGUGUCUGCCUUUGAGUGCAGAUGUGGACACGUUCGAGCUGCACUCGGUGGAACUGGAGCUGGAGGCCGUGGGGAAGCAGAUCUGUGACCUACAGGUGAAACAGGCCAAGCUGCGGGAGCGGAAAGCCACGCUGGAAGCUUCCCGGUCGCUUGCUCACCUGUCUCAGGUAAAUUCCUGGCGUGAAAUUACUACUCCCUCCACCUCUUCUCCGUGUGUUUCUCUGUCCAGGCCCAGUUCACCCAGGAAGCGGCCUGCCCAGGCGCUGUUCACUCUGGUGUCACGGACCCCUCCGCCGCCAACGGUCUUCGAGAUCCCCACCCAGAACCGCUUUGCUCCCCUUCGCGAGACGGACCGCGACGCUGUGAUCAUCGGAGACUCCAUGUCCGUGCUACUGUGUCUAAAGGUAAGGCUCGCACUCACUGUUUACCUGGUGCUUGUGUUCUUGAUGUUGCUGCACAGGUACCUAGGGUCGUGAGCAGAAACACCGGAGCUGUGGUUCUUCACGCUGGCUCGAAUGACACCAGCCUGAAGCAGUCGGAGAUCCUGAAGAGGGACUUCAACACCCUUGUGGAGACGGUUCGCAGCUCAGCGCGCGUGGCGAGGAUCAUCGUGUCUGGUCCUCUUCCCACGUACCUGCGAGGAAGCGAAAGGUUCAGCAGACUUUUUGCUUUAAAUUAAUGGUUACAGUCAUGGUGUCAGGAUCAGAAUGUACUCUUUAUUAAUAACUGGAAUGUUUUCUGGGAGCGUCCUAGGCUGUUCCGUGCUGACGGCUUGCACCCCAGCAGAGUUGGAGCGGAGAUCCUCUCGGACCACAUCUAUGAUUUAACUAUGAAACUAUGAGUCUAAUCUGGACUGUUUCCCGUCUAUACGGAUGCCGAGGAACACGGUGUGGAGCGCUCGUGUAACAGAACGCCUGAUGAUCAACUGUACUGUAGAAACUAAGACAAACUGCUGGAACAACAUCGCAGUGUCAUGGUGUAAAAUUGACAUGAAAAACGAAUGCAUAUAUUUAACUCACUCCACUCACACAUCAACAGAAUGGAGGACCAUCAGUGAGAGUAAAAAAUUGUUCUUCCUGAUUUUCUGGAAAAUAUCUCUUCAGGAUUCUGGACUUUACAGGUGUGAGAUACAGUCACCUGUACACACUAUGAGCCAUAACAUCAACGUCACUGUGACAGACUAUAAUGCUGUAAGCACUGAGACCAUUACAGAAGGUUCUCCUGUGACUCCAGUGACAGAUAUAACAAACACACACCUGAGUAGUGAGAAGUGGUUGUAUGUGAUCUACUUCAGUGUGUUUGUAGUCGCUCUGAUCCUCGCUGUUCCACUCAUGUGUCGAGGUUUAAAGAAGUUUCUGGAGGACGAGGAUACCAUGACAACUGUGAUUUAUGAAGAGGCAGAAAAGUUCAGUGUUCAGGAUUAACACAAAUCUACAAUUCAUGUGAAGGGAUUCAGCCUGUGUGUUAGCGUUAGCAUGCUAAUGCUGCUGAUCAGAACAUGGAGUUUAAACAGUGAGAUGUUUGAAUGUGUUACAUGUUUGUUUUAAUGUUAAACUUCAGAUAAUCUCAUUCUAAAUGUUUAUUAUAAAUGUUAUGUUGUCACUUCUAGAACUUUUCCACCAUUUGUUAUGACAAAUUAUUAAAUAAAGUCUUUCUGAAAUUAUGCAAAAGAAUAAAAAAGUGUUGAGUCGAUGAGUGAAGUGUCGCUUUGUGCCACUGCAGAUAAUGUGCUUUAACGUGUAGGCAGCAGAGGGAG